GCUUCUUGCCUGCAGCUUAAAGUCUCUGUAGAAUUCUUUCCUCUCUGUCUCUGUCUCUAUGCUUCCUUUACGUCUACAGGACUUGUUUUCAGAGCCAUGGAGGUUUCAUUCUAUGUUCUUUGGCUAUUUCCUCUGAAUGUCUACCUGGUCAGUGGAUAUCAAGGAUCGGGAUAUUCACCGCUAGAAGAUGAUGAGGACGCUUAUGCACGCUCUAGAUAUCGCUACUCAGAUACGCCAUGGUGUUCUCCAAUCAAAGUGAAAAAUGGCCAUGCCACCUGUAGCAGUCCUUCCCGAUCCUAUUAUAAAACUGUGAAAGGGACACGGUGUAACAUCUAUUGUCAGAAAGGCUAUGAGCUAAGUGGUGCAUCUCAGGUUCUUUGCCAGCCGGAUAAACGCUGGUCUGGCAAGUAUGUAUGCAAGCAAAAAAGAUGUCCCCCUCUCACAAUGCCAGAACAUGGCGGAUUCAAAUGCUCAGACGGUGCAUACUUUAACUCCAGAUGUGAAUAUUACUGCUCACCUGGGUUCCAGCUGAAAGGGGAAAGAAUUGUAACUUGUAUGGAUAGCAAAACCUGGACUGGGAGACCAGCAACUUGUGUGGAUUUGGAGCCCCCAAGGAUAAAAUGUCCAAGUGUAAAGGAAAAGGUGGCAGAACCAAAUAAACUGACGGCCAGAGUUUUCUGGGACACUCCUGAGGGACUUGACACGGCAGAUGGGAUUUUAACAGAUGUGAUAUUAAAAGGUCGUCCAUCAGGGUCAGACUUCCCAGAAGGAGAUCACAGAAUCCAGUACACUGUGUAUGACAGAGCAGAGAAUAAAGCGUCAUGUAAAUUUAAUGUUAAAGUCAAAGUUAAGCGCUGUGCUAAGCUGAGUGCUCCAGAGAAUGGUUACAUCAAGUGCUCAGGAUCUGGAGAUAAUUAUGGGGCUACCUGUGACUAUUUUUGUGUGGGUGGUUAUGAGCUGCAAGGAAGCCCGGCCCGUGUCUGCCAGUUUAAUUCAGAGUGGUCAGGGACAGAACCAACUUGUUCCUUUAUGAAUAUUAACGUUGUACUGAGAGAUGCAGCUGAAUUUCUGGAUCAGUUUUAUGAGAAGAGAAGAUUAUUAGUGAUAUCAACUCCCACUGCAGGGGACUUUUACUACAGAUUACAAAUUGGAACACUUCAGCAAGCUCAGUGUGGCUUAGAUUUGCGGCAUGUGACAAUAAUUGAAUUGUUUGGUGUAUAUCCAACUUAUAUUGGAAGAAUAGGACGCAGACUGCUACCUCCGGCACUAGGAUUACAGCUCAGACUGCUCCUAAGAAUCCCUGAAAGCAAGUUCCAGAUGGUGGUGUUGGAUAAACAUGGCGUGGACAAAGAGCGAUACAUUAUCCCUAUCAACAAUUCAGACCUCUUCACACUCAUUGACACGUUCCCACUUCGAAAAGAUGAGAUGAAAUUCCAAGCUGAAGUCGGCCACACAUGUAACUGACAGAUACGCACUGAACAUUUUCAGUAAAGAGUGUGAGGUGCUGCUGACUGUACCCGCUGUACAUGUUUUACUGACACACCAUUUCCUAUGUGUAUGAGCUUUGUGUCACUAUUGUAUGGUCAGCAAAAGAUUCACUAUGCCACAAACCAACCAGGGAGUGGGGGAAAUAACAUUCAUUCUGACAACUCCUCUUUGGUGCUUUCAGUCCAUAGUGUGCCUGUAAUCCCACUGUGCCUUAAUAUAAGAUUAGAAAUAUGCAAUGUCCUACAUUAAUCACACGCAUCACACCUACAUCACAGAUCUGACUUUUGUCAUAAAUGAGUUUUGCUCAAAAUCUCAAUGUACAUAAGUCAUUAGACAUUGGUUCACACACUUUGCAUAGUAAUAAAAUGCAUGAUAAAACAGCAAUUUAGAUUUUUUUAGUAGAACUGUCAUAGAUCAAACCCCCUCAUCAUAGGAGAUGGCACUUUGGGCCUUAUUCAGAGAUGUACGUAAACCUGAUGUUUCCAUUCAUCUCCGAUGUUUUUAGAUCUGCGCAUGCACUUAUAGAGCUGCACUGUCACUCACGAUACCCCAAACUCAGCAGCAUGAUUGACAGACAGCGUUAUAGAAAGUGGGGGCAUGUCAGCCCAGUUUCCUAGAUGUGCUGAAGCCAGUGAUUGUGUCUUUGGGUGCAGCUUCACUGACAUCAGCAGCGUGGUUUUCUCAGCUAUCCUGAGUAACCUGAGGAUCAGAGAAGCAGGCAGGAGGCAUUUACAUACACUAUGCGCCUCCUGCGGCAUUGGCAUAUUAUCAUACAGCUGCUGUGUCAGGCUCUAUGUAUCAGGCCCUAUGUACAGUGUUUACAUAAAUUGCUAUCUGGUGAUGUAACUUUUAAAAUACUUGUACAAUUCUUGAAUCUCUUGAGGACACAUUUUUAUAUAUAUAUAUAGUAAUAAAAGCUCUUACUGCUAAAAUAUUUUUCUGCAGAGAUGCUGCUGUACACUGUAUUGUGGAACGAAAAAAGACAUUAUUUUAUGUGGUAAAUUAAAGAUGAAUAUAGUUCUCAAUUAAAUGUAGCUCUUGCAUGCUCUGCUUGGUUUUGUUUCUUUUUGUGCAUGAAAUGGUUACAGUAUGUAAAUGUAUUUCACUUCUCUAAAUAUAAUUAUAAAUUAUUUGUAAUUAAAAUAGCUACAGUAUGA